UCUGUCUCAAAAUGGCGGUGUUCUUUAAUUUUAUUUUCUUGUACAAAAAAAUAGAUGGCAAAACCAACAAAUGGUUAUUUUGAGGAUGAACACUUAAUUACAUAUUGCUGCCCUGAAAUGUUUUAUGCAAAAUGACGGAGUGAAUGCUAGCCUUAGUUAAAGUUUCAAGGCGUGUUAUUGAAAUGGAACCAGAUAGUACUUUCGAAGUAAGAAACAAGUUAAUGGGAAUCAUCAAAGCUAUUCGUCCCAUCGAUGUUGCUGUUGUUGUUAGCUCGCUUGUCGCUAUGUACUUGUUUCGACUGCAAGACGGUUUCCAACUCAUGCCUAUAUGGCAGCUAAAAGAAACUGAAUCUGCCGAGCAAUCUAUCAAGGUUCCACCAUUGAUAGUUGAUUUUGAUGGAAACGGUCUUAAAGAAAUCGUCAUUGUAUCUGCUAGUGGAGUAAAAAUGUUUUCAUUUCAUUCGGAAGACUUUGGUGAUGAACAUGAUGCUUCCGAAAUGAAAGAAAACAAAAAUAACUCCAGUCCUGUGCUCUUUCAUCUUCACCAAAAGGCUAUGUUUCAUUUUAAUGAAAUGAACAAGACAGAAGUGUUAUAUCCUAUUGCAAUGAACUCUGGUUGUCUGUCUCAUAGAAAUAGCAUCUGCCCUCAGGUUUUGGCUAUUGUAUGGAAUGACUGGUCUGUUACAUUAUUAUCUCAUGAUUUGAAAAUACUAUGGAAAUCCAGACCAAUGACAUUAAGCCUUCAUUCAAACUUACAAUUUACAGAGAUGGCUGUAAAAAUUUGUUCUGGUGAUGAAACCCCAUUUGAUGAUGGGCUUGUAAUAAUAAGUGGUGUCCUUCAUCUUUCUGGUCAUUCAUCCAGUGAUGUGAAAAUAAAUCAUCAUCACCAUCAAAGUACACAGGUUACAUCAAACAAAACUCCUGAGGAAAUCAGUGAUGAACAAGCUGGUGUUGAGCCCGAGAACAUUAAUAAUGAUGGACUUCAUCAUGAUAUCGAUCCUAAUUUGACAAAAUACAUUGGUCAUUUUACUACUUAUGCAUUAAAUGGAAAUUCUGGAAAAGUGGUGUGGAAACACGAACCUGUAGACUUGGAGACAAGUAAAGAAUCUCAUCAGGAUCACCGAACUUCACAUUUCAAACUUCAACUGCGAAAGAAAGCUGCUCAUCGUGGUGAAGUUUACUGGACAAAAUACAGCGAUUCGUUUCUCGACCAUCUUCCUUUCUUUUGGACCCAUCCCUCUGAAACUAGUAUAACUUUGGCAGAGUUUACAACAGCCAAACCAAAGAAAAGGAAAAGGACAAAAACAGAAGUGUUUAUGAGCUUUGUUGGAAAUGGUGGAACUAUUGAAAAUAAGACCGCGUCCAGUGAAUUGAAUUCGGUUGUUAUUAAGCACAGCAGAGGAAUUGAUGUCCUGAAUUUGGAAAAUGGUGAACCGUUAUCUUCGUUGCAAUUUGACUCCAAGUUUUCAACGUUUGCCGAUGUUAAUGGCGAUGAAACUAUUGACUUGAUCAAGUUUUAUUCACAAGACGAGAAUGACAAACAUGAUUGUUUUUUGGUCGUAUCAGAUGCGAAUACAAAGUCUUCAAUUUUGUUUAACUCCUCCGUUUGUUAUCCGUCGAGUUUCAUCGAUUUUUUUGCUGAAACCGAUUUGAGUUCUCACGAAAAUCUACGAAGCCAUCCCCCACUAGCGACGCCGACUUUGAAACGAUCCUUUGGUGUCCUGUAUCACGUUCUUGGUCAUGGUUUAUCACGUGAUCAUGCUGGUAUGGAUAUCAUUAUACUGACUUCGUCUGGUCGACUUUGUGCCUUUCACCCAUCGGGUCGAUAUAUUUGGUACAUCGAUACUGGAAUGACAUGGCACGACUCGGACGGUUUUGUACCAAGUUUAAAACUUAUUUCUUUAUCUUCGGACGAAAUUAAGGAUGGAUUGAUCAUUCUCGGAUCACGUGAACUGCUUGUUGUAUCCCUAUUGGAUGGUGAUGUAUUGUCAACUCACUCCAUACCUUGUGUCCCCACUCUUCCGUUGUUGCUUGGCGAUAUUAAUAAUGAUGUAAACGACGAGUUCCUUGUUCGUUGUAGUGACAGUGUACACUUGUGUCCACGCGUAUUGAAGAACUUUCUUCUUCGUCAUCAACAAACAAACCACUUGAAACGGCCCUCGAGAGGAAAAUAAGGCCCGACGUUCGUCUAAAAAGAUGAAAAAGCUUUCAUCUUGAAACCCUCGGAAAGGGAAGACUCUUGGCAGGCUUCUAACAAUUUCUUUGUUUAUUGUUUUAUGUGUCAUGACAUGCAACAAAUGUUUUUGUUUUAUUAAUUGAGAUCCAUUCUUGUUUGAUAUUCUUUUGAAAUAUGUUUCGCUGAUCUUUCCCUGUAAAUUUUAUUUCUUUAUUGUCAGUUUCAAAUGUGAUUUAUUACAUAUUACCAUUAAAAUUUAACCGUUUUUCCCAGUUCGUGUUCCGUAAUCACGUGGUACACCGUCCUUGCAUCAUUAUUUGGUGUGGUUUGUUUGUCAUUUUUGGCGCUAAGAUUCAAAACACACACGCAAAUGAUGAAGAUCGUACAACGCUAUUUUCUUUGACUCAACUAAAUGACGAACGUUUCGACACACGCUCGAUGUUUU